UUGGACCCAUUGUGAUGCGAAUCAGGUGAUUUUUCUCACCCAUAAAAAAUGUAAGUGUUUUUUUUUUCUUUACUCACCUUGAUUUAUCAUUACAACCUGUUUUAUAUAUAUAAUUUCUUCUUCAGGAUCCCCAACCCCUUCUGUCCAAAUCACCUACCAUCUCAGCUUUUAAAGAAACACAGUGAAUAUCCUGAUGUUUCCUCGGGGUGCACUGGUUACCUCCAAAAACAUUCACAAGAUGAAUGGAACUGAUGUGUGUAAGGAAAUAGGGACGGUCUCUUUCAUUCCUGAUCCCAGACGGAAACCUUAAAACCAUCAGGAAGAUGCACCAUCGAUUUGCCAGCAGAGGUCGUUACUGCAGCAGUUAUGAGGAACCCCUCUCAUCAAUCCCUACAAGCCAAUCAUCCGUGAAGGCGGCCGACCUGACGGGUUGCUGUGGGUCCAGAGUCUGUCCGGAAACAAUGGACACAAGGUUUCAUACAACGAGAUAAAAAGCCUGAAGUUCCCACAAUGAACCACUAGAUGGAGACAAGAACACCACAGCAGCUCUUCUAUGGUAUCAGAUGGAGACGAUGCUGACUUUAGCCUUGGCGCUCUGCCUGCUCCUCAUUUCCACUGUCCACUCACUUCCCCCCGGGUUCCAGGUUCGUUUGAAGGGAGGAGCAGGUGCUCAUGAGGGUCGGGUGGAGGUUUAUUAUAAUGGUGCCUGGGGGACCGUGUGUGACGAUGAGGUGAACAUCAACCUGGUGAACGUUAUCUGCAGAGAACUCGGUUACACCCGAGGAGUAACGUGGGCACACAGUGCCAGAUACGGACAGGGACAGGGACCCAUCUGGUUGGACAAUGUGGUUUGCACGGGCUCUGAGACUUCGGUCUCUGAAUGUCGUUCCAACGGUUGGGGUGUAAAUGACUGCAGCCAUGCUGAGGACCUUGCAGUAACGUGCAGCACAGAAGCUCCGCGCCAGGGCCACGUCCCCCGUUACAAUGAGCCUGCACAGCCUGCCCCCACUGCCUAUCGUUUGCCAUCUCAGACAACACCCUAUAACUGGUCGACUCGGCGGGGCCACGAAAUCGCCCUGAACCGCAACGCGGGCCGGGACCGUUCCCAGGGUUCCUCGCCGCGUGGCCAUCAGAUCCAGCUGCGCAGAAACGGGAAUGAAAACUCAGCCACACGCCGGCAAGACAACUUAGUGCCACAAGGGCACCAGCUGCCCAAUUACCUGCGCAAUGGACCAUUGUACAGACGCAAUCAGGAAAAUCAACCUCGAGCCCAGACUUCUGGUGCUCAGAGAUCCUCAGCUCCAGAACCAGCUCCACUGUCCAGAUCUGAACAGUCACAUCCCAACACAGAGCAAGACAACAGAAUGAACACUGACUUCUCUAACACUAUAGAGCAGACCGGAGGAAGGACCAGUCUGGAGGAGGUGCGACUCCGUCCGGUCUUGCCCGGAACGCGAGGCACUGGCAUGGUAACUGAAGGAGUGCUUGAAGUAAAGCAUGCUGGGAGGUGGAGGCACGUGUGUAGCCUGGGCUGGGAUCUGAGCAGCAGUCGAGUGGCGUGUGGGAUGCUGGGAUUUCCUAAAGCCGAGCAGCACGAUGAGCGCUUGUACAGGAAACAUUGGGAUUCCAAGAUUGCAGAUCCAGCCACACGUUCUACAGUCAGUAAGAAGGGCUACUGGGUGGAGAAGGUGAAGUGUUCAGGCACUGAGAUGUCCUUAUCACAAUGCCAGACUCAACUCUCUAUUGCACGUAAUACCGUUCCAUGUAACGGCGGUAUGCAUGCUGUGGUGCGAUGUGUACCAGGUCCACAGUUCUCCCAACUUUCCACAUCUGGUCAGUUUCAAGGCGAGCACUCCUCCAAGGUGGUUCGUCUAAAGGCUGGUCCCAGGCUCGGAGAGGGACGUGUGGAGGUCUUGAAGGAGGGCAAAUGGGGCACGGUGUGUGAUCACUUGUGGGAUCUGAGUGCAGCCAGCGUUGCUUGUAGGGAGUUGGGCUUUGGCACUGCCAAAGAGGCAAUUAGAGGUGCAAUGUUAGGCCAAGGUACCGGUCCGAUCCAUAUAAACUCAGUACAGUGUACGGGCAGAGAGAGCUCUGUAAUGCAGUGCCAGUAUCGUGAUGUCCCCCUGUAUACCUGCAAACACAACCAAGACGUUUCUGUACGCUGCAAUGUUCCCAAAACUGGCCUGGCAGCCACAGUGCGUUUAGCAGGAGGGCGGGACACCUCAGAGGGCCGAGUGGAGGUGUUGCUUGAUGGGCGCUGGGGUUCUGUGUGCAGUGAGAACUGGGGCAUUAAUGAGGCCAUGGUAGUCUGCAGACAGCUAGGACUGGGCUUUGCUUCCACAGCUCACCAGGAAACCUGGUACUGGCCUGGAAACUCGGAUGCCGGAGAGAUUGUCCUCAGUGGGACUCAUUGUGUUGGGACAGAAAUGUCCAUCCAGCAGUGCAGGCGGAAUGGAAACGUGUACUGUCCUCGCGGGGCUGGAGGCAGAGCUGCUGGGGUCACCUGUGUAGAGGCUGCACCUGACCUGGUGGUGGACUCUCAGCUAGUCCAGGAGUCGGCGUAUCUAGAGGACCGCCCUCUACACCUGCUUACCUGCGCCCAUGAAGAGCGCUGUCUCUCGUCCUCAGCCGACAGCAUGAACUGGCCCUACGGUCACCGGCGCCUGCUGCGCUUCUCCUCACGCAUCAUGAACCUGGGGCGUGCCGACUUCCGGCCACGGGCGUCACGUAAUGACUGGGUCUGGCACCAGUGUCACAGGCACUACCACAGCAUUGAAGUAUUUACACACUAUGACCUGCUGACCAUGAAUGGCACAAAGGUGGCAGAGGGUCACAAAGCCAGCUUCUGUCUAGAGGACACAUUCUGCCCUGAAGGUCUGUCAAAGCGCUACUCCUGCUAUAACAUGGGGGACCAGGGCAUCACAGUGGGUUGCUGGGAUACGUAUCGCCAUGACAUCGACUGUCAGUGGAUUGACGUGACUGAUGUCAGGCCAGGAGACUACAUCUUUCAGGUGGAAGUGAACCCCUCACUGGACAUGGCUGAAUCUGACUUCCAGAAUAAUGUUAUGAGAUGCAGAUGCAGAUACGAUGGUGGAAGAGUCUACCUUUACGGAUGUCAUGCAGGUGAUGCAUACAGCACAGAGGUGGAGGAUCUGUUUGAACACCGGCGUCAAAUUUCUAACAACUUCCUCUAAUACAGGACAGAAUAUCCAGAACAUCACCACCAGGAUUUACACUUUUUUGUCAGUUUAACUACAGAUGAAAGAGAAGGAAAUAAGACAAACAGAUCAUGUGCAGUAGGAUUGAGAUUCUUGAGAUUUAAUCAAUGGAAGUGUAUAAACGGGUUUAUCUAAAGUAGCAGAACAAAUAAAUAAAAGGGGGGGAGAACGGUUUAAUAAGACAUCAUGUGUGAAAUAUAGAGGGUAUCCAACAUUUCCACCUUUGCAGCCAUGGUAACUUUAUUUUAGAUUUAAUGAUAUUUUGCAAAGAAUAAACUAAUCUAAUAAUAUACUAGUGAUUAGCACCUGCAUGUUGCUAGUAUAUUGAAGAUCUCUGCUAUCAUAAGUUCAUGUCUGUAAACAACUACUUUCUUCACAUUUUAAAAUGCUCUCGAGAAUAAAUGUACCUAAAUAUGAGUACUUAAUGCUAAGGUGCUACACAAUUGGAUCUUGUAGUACACUGUUCUACCUUCCAACUACAUGAACAUUCCCAGGUGAAAUAUACAAACAUAGUGGGCAUACCAGUAAAUGUUUUUUAUCUUUAAAUGUUAAUUGCAUGUAGCUAUUAGAAGUGUCUCAUAUAUUUGUUAAUUUAAAAUGACCAGAGACGAGUCCCAUGACUUGAUUAAGGGUGUAACAUAUUAAAAUAGGUACAUUGUGACCUUUUGUACAGAGUUGUACAGCAGAUGUCAUUGAUGAAACCAAAAGGCAAUUUUUAGGAUAUAUUACGUAAUUUACAACUAACAAUUUACCUUUAGUAUUAAAGAAAAACAUAGUUCCUUUUAUUUAUGAACAUGUAAAAACAGAGGCUCUUAGCUUAAGUCUUGCUUGUGUUUUCUACAUUUGUCAUGGCAUUAACUUUAGGAUUCAGGUUCUUUGUGGGAUUUUUUUGUGCAUUAUUAGAAACAGCUCAGUCAGUACAAACUAAUCUAAUCUAGUCUAAUCUAGCAUUUAUUUUGUGUGUUUAGUUACAAAUGACAAAGAAACCAAAAAUAGAAACUAAGAGUCGGCACCAGCGUCAGAAGUGCUUUACUCCAGUGGUCGUUAGUCACAAAACCUUGACCUCAAACAGCUGAUAGAUUUAGCCAUAUUUGAGCCACCUAACAUUCCAAAUAAAGGUAUAUUUAUGUAGAACUCUGUAUUAUCUUGGAGCAACACACAAGGAAAAGUGCUAGUAGAUGUGCUGCACCAUGCCUGAAACACAGCAGGCAGAUUAAGGGAGACGGAUCAUGUUCAUCUGAAAACUUAUAGGCCUCAUAACAGCUUAAACAGCCUUUAAAAAAUCUAACUUCACCUCCUCACAGUGGAUUUGUUUAUUACUCAGACAUUGGUGCUUAGUUUAACCAUUUGGAUCCUCAGCUGCAGCUGUAAUGGUGCUAUAUUUGAUAAGUAUGUAUGGAGAAAUAUAUAUAUAUAUUCUUGUUGGUCUGUAAUUUAUAACAAUCAAACUGACCUCUGACCUUUGUGAUACGUUUGUGGUAAUGUUAUUGAAAUUGUUUCUACGUGAAAA